GCUGCUUUCUACAAUGCAAAGGAAUCACUUUGCAGACUGUCUUCCUGAAUAUCUAUUUGCUACAGGAUCAUUGCGUAAGAAUUCGUACGGAAUUUUGAACGAAUUUACGCAAACAUUAACUUUAAAUUAAAAAACGAAUUAAAGUAGGAACUCAAAAGGAAUCAAUUAAGUGAUGUUUAAGCACAUAAGAAUGCGCAUUAGACAUUCAUGAAAUUGGCAGUAACAAUAACAAAAACAAUUUUGUUUUUGCUCAAUAGAUGCAAAGUUUGUGUGAACAGUACAGUUUGGAAAGUGACUUCAACCGAAUCGUUCCAUUUCAUAUUUCUCUGUGAACUGCAAAUAAUCAAUUAAGAUGCCUCCAGUUGAACUUGAAACUGUUGACAAAUUGGAAUACGUUUGGUUCCCAUCAGGAGUAAAUGGUGUUGUGUUUAGAGUUAAAGCUGGCCAUGAUGCACAUCUUGCACUCGCACCAACUGACUCUGAAAGUGAUCCAAUGUUAGAAGUCUUUAUUGGUGGAUGGAAGAACACAAAGUCAGUCAUUCGCAAGAAUCGCACAAAGCCAGAUGUAUAUGAAGUUAAUACUCCUGAUAUUUUGAAUGGUGAUGAGUUCCGAGGAUUCUGGAUUAGAUGGGAUGGAAAUGUGAUUACAGUUGGAAAGGAAGGAGAAGGAGCACCAUUCAUGAGUUACGAAAAUCCUGAUAACUUCCCAAUUAACUUCGUUGGUAUUUGUACUGGAUGGGGUGCAACUGGAAGCUGGAUUAUUGAGGCACCAAAUGAGCCAGUCAGUGGAUCUGCUGUUUGGGUUCCAGUAAGUGGAACUGAAAUUCCAGAUAAUGCAUUCAAAGGUGGAGAAGAUAAUGGUGAAGUACAGUAUGUAGGCAGAGCACAUCAUGAAGGUGCUUUAAUUCCUGGAAAGGCUGUUAAAUCUCAUGGAGUUUGCUAUGUAGCAUGGGGUGGCGGAGAACAUGGAAAGGAUUCAUAUGAAGUCUUAGUUGGAAAUGCAAACUGGGUACAAACAUCAGGCGAUAGUAUUCCUCCAAAUGCAUUGCCUGGAGGUGAAAGUGAAGAUGGUGAGCCAUUGUUUAUUGGAAGAGUUGCACAUGAAGGAACGAUGACAAUUGGAAAAGUUCAUCCAAGUCACGGAUGCAGCUACAUCGCUUAUGGAGGUCAAGAAUUAGCCUUCACGGAUUAUGAAGUUCUCACAAUUUAAAUCUCACUGUAAUUUUUGAAUGAUGCAGCUUAGCUGCAUUUCUCGCACAUAAUAAAUGCUUUUAUAAUAUUUAUUGACAAGCUUCAUAGAUCUUGCAAAUCACAUAAAAAAGUGCAUUAUUAAAGUCAUUAAUAAACUUGUUGGAAGCUGCAAAGUUGGAUUAAAAAUUAAUUUCACAAAAAACAAAAGUUUUUCAUU